AUAAAGGUGUAUUUAAUUUAAAAACUUACAAAAUAAAUGUUAGGUCCAACAAAAUGUUUCUGGUUUUAAUAAGAUAGAUAUGAAUUGCAGAGUCAUCACGCGUUGCUUCUAGUGUUUGCCUUUUAGUUCACAAUUUCAUUGCUGUGAUAAUAAUGGUUCCAACUUAUUUAUUUUAAAUAUAUUAUCAUCAUCAACAGUAAAAGAUACUUUGUCAAACUUAUUGACCAUUUUCUUUUUCGAAAAAUUGCGAAUUCAUUAGGUUUAUAAAGUUUUGUUUAAUAUAAUUAAUUCAGAAAACAGAGGUUUGAGAGAGUAACAAAAGAUCUAAAGGUGAAAAGAGUAUUUUCAACUCUAGUAGAAGAGAUGAAAGCCAUCGGCAGUAGCGGCGUAAGCUGUGAGCCGCACUGUACGGAAGUUAUGUCUCCGGUGGCUCACAAUAAACAGAGUCCCGUCCUCCUCCUUAUGGGCGGUGGAAUGGGUGCCGGAAAGAGCACCGUCCUCAAAAAUAUUCUCCAAGAGCCGUUUUGGUCGGAGGCAGAGGCCGACGCAGUGGUGAUAGAAGCAGAUGCAUUUAAGGAGAGUGAUGUUAUUUAUAGAGCUCUUAGUUCUAGAGGUCACCACGACGAUAUGCUUCAAACUGCUGAAUUGGUGCACCAAUCAUCUACUGAUGCUGCAUCGUCCUUACUAGUAACAGCAUUAAACGAAGGACGUGAUGUCAUAAUGGAUGGAACCUUAGCAUGGGCGCCCUUCCUGGAACAAACUAUCAUAAUGGCUAGGAACGUCCACAAACAUAGAUAUCGAAUGGGCGCAGGCUACAAGGUAUCCGAAGACGGGACAAUAACCGAAGAAUACUGGAGACAAGAAACAGAAAAAAAUGGGAAACAACAAAACUUGAAACCUUAUAGAAUCGAGCUGGUCGGUGUGGUUUGUGAUGCUUAUCUCGCUGUAGUAAGAGGCAUACGGAGAGCUCUAAUGGUGAAGAGAGCAGUGAGAGUGAGAUCUCAGCUCGAAUCACACAAGAAUUUUGCUAAUGCAUUUCCAAAGUACUGUGAGCUUGUUGAUCACGCUAGGCUUUACUGCACCAAUGCUGUUGCUGGUCCUCCAAAGCUUAUAGCGUGGAAAUCUGUAGAUUGUAACCUUCUGGUGGAUCCAGAGGAGAUUGAAUGUUUGAAACGGGUCAGUAAUCUUAACCCGGAUGCUGAAUCCAUUAACGAGCUUUAUUCGGAUCCGAGCGUAUUAAGCAAGCCAGGUUCAGUUUGGAGUAAUGUUGUUUUAGCCCCAUCUAGACCCAAGCUUCAGAAGCAACUUACCGAUGCCAUCAAGAAAAUUGAAAAGACCCAAGCGACAAAGUGACGAUGUUGUUAACUAGCCUUAAAAAAUUGUCGUCUUUUGCUAAUUCGAGCUAUUUUCGUUGGUACUCGUCUUAUUUUCGUGCUAGUCAAAAUAACUUAAUAAAUUAAGAAAUGGAUAUUUCAAAUUUUAUACUACUUAAUAUGCGUAUUUGAAUCAUAUUUUUAAAAUUAA